AUGCUCCAAAACAUGGAAAACGAUCAAUUCCUACAGGAAAUUUUAGAAAACAACUACCACCAGCGCAUACAACAGCUUAAAUCACUUGUUGACUUGCAGGAAACUCAAAAUAAAGGAAAAACACAAAAGGCUUAUAAGUGCAUUGUUGAUUCAAUAAAUUUUGAGAGCGGCCAAAAGAUUAUAAGGCUAUAUAAUAAAGAUUUCGAGAGGCAAAAAAAAGCGAGCUAUGUUUUAAGUCCAAGGCCUUUUAAUUUUUACAAUAACAAAUUCAAGACAUCAAGACUAAAAGAGCUUUAUGGUUGCAACUUCAAAUCACUUUUAAAGAAAGAUAAAAAAUGAAAAAGUUGCAAACCAAAUCAUGCUAAAGGUGAAAAUGGAUUUUUAUUACAAAUUUAAUGUUUUAAUUUUUAAAAAUAAAAUAAAAUAGAGAGCCAUGCUAAUUUUUUGGACCAAGAUAGCCCUCUGCACUUGCCUCCUAUUUCAAAGUUUUUGAAAUCCCCAGAAAAUAAAAAUCUGAAAAGAUCUUCAGUGCAAAAUUCUCCACGAAAAUGUAAUAAUAUGAUAUUUGGCAAUAGAAGCAAUAUAGAUUUACAUGUGCAAGGUACAAGUCAAAUACCUUUAUAUAUUAAUCGUGAUAAAAGUAAGCAUUUAUAUGAUUGCUUUUGUGGUGAUGAUUUUAAUCAUCAAUGCGAGGCCGGUGAAGAAAAUUUUGGAGAAUUGGAAGAAAAUAUAGAUAUUUAA